UUCUGAACCCCUCAAUCGUAUUUGCUAAUCGUUAAAUUUUGGGUGAUUUGGAUCAAAUUGAACUAAAUCAAGGCCAGAUGUAGCUAUAAAUUUUAAUUGUAAAGAAGCACUUGGCAUAUAAGAUUCGAUUUAAUAGCUUUGUCACACAACGUUUAUAAUAUUCAUAAGUGUUAAAACUAUAUAUCAUAAAAAAUGUAUAAUUCUUUCGACAACAAUGAGGUACUCCGAUGUCCAUACAACAAACAUCAUGUUAUAUCUAAAUUCAGAUUUCAACGACAUCUUGUAAAAUGCGAAAAGAAUUACCCGUCAGAUUACAUGUGUAUCUGUCCAUACAACGCCACUCAUCGUUUUAGUAAAAAUGAGAUUGAAGAGCACAUUAAAACAUGUUCUACGAGAAAUAUCGUUGAGGGGAGUUAUAUUCAACCAUCAACAAGCCAUGAUACAGUCACGUCACCAAAAGAACAUGAUUCUAGAAGUGAGAUUGACUUUUUAGAAAGUCAGGAAGAAACAACAGGAUUUUCUACAACUCUCUCAACUUCCAAAUUAGACGAUGAAAAUAUAUGCCUUAGCGAUGUGGAAUCAUGUAUUAGUUACGAAAGCUCAAUGGCUAUUGGACGUGGUAGAAUGAUUAAUUAUGAUGCUGAAUGUACCAGUGAUAAUUCUAACAAAGAUGUGGCAUCAUUUAGUAACACAAUGAGUCAUGGACGAGGCAGAAUGCUUAAUAAUCUUGAAUAUAUUCGAAGAUUUGGAUCAAAGGGAAGAAGAAACUGAAUUAUAUUCUUUUAACUAAUAGAUUGUUUGGAAAAGGAUGAACAGGAUAGGAUAACCAGGAAUUACUCAUUAAACUCUUUUUUUUUUUCUUUUUAAUUUUUUAAACUGAAAAUGGCAAGCAGUUAUUUCUAGUUUUAGCAUCUUCAUUAAUCCAUAUAUAUUUAAUUAAGAUAACUAAACACUAAAUAGCUAAAUUAUUUAUAGAAUACAAGUGUAUAUACUUGUAUUCUAUAAAUAUCUUUACAGUCUCAAUGACAGUGACAAUUUCUUUUUGUGCCAAAUGUUUUCCUUUGCAUAGAUUUAAUUUAUUUUAAUACUUUACAUCAAUCCUAUUAUUUACAAAUAUUUCAAAUAAAUCUCCCAUGAACAGAAAAGUUAUUACAUUAGUAUAUGUGUAGACAUUAUAUCAAAUGUCAGACUGGACAAACUUAUUUUUGGAUUCAUAUAUAUACAAACAGUGUGUACCUUUUGUUUCAUUAAUACAUUAUUAAAUGCUCCAACUGUCUCCUUUUUAUAUUUAAUUUAAACAUUUUACAAAGUAUGCCAAAAAGAUCACUAUCUAAUAUAAUUCUGAAUACACUAUUUUAACAGUCCUGAAUUUUGUAUCAAGUUUCUCAUCUUUUUGUAUAGAAAGAGAUACAGUUUUAACGGUGAUGAUACAUAGUGUUUUACUGUUGAAUAAUACUCGCCGUUUAAAUCAAAUUACUUGGAAAUUGAGGACUAAAUAAUAUUAUAUUUCAAAUCGUAAUAUUGAAGUUUUAUAAUUUUCAUAAUGUUUAAUAUGGGCAUGAAUGUUCAUAGAUGUUUUCAAUGAAUCUAUUUAUAUCGCGAUGCAUAUGUGAAAUAUAAAAAAACACUGUUGCAAAGUAGCAACAGUGUGUAUGACACUAUUAAAGAAAAAAAAAAGAAUCAUUAUUAUCAGUUCUAAAUAGAAACUGGAUAAAUGCAAUUAUUACUUCCAAACAAAAUAUCGUAAUUUCUCCGGAAUGUUACACAUACCCAUAUUUGCAGCACAAAGUAAUAAUCAAGUAUUCAAGUAUUAAUUGAUAUUUCAUCUCUGUAUAACGUAAAAAGGGUACAUAUAUAUUCAUAGUCAGGAAAUAUGUUUUUACAUAUGACAUAUGUGUAUAUGACAAAGUUGUGAUCAAACUAGGCUGUAAUGAUCAACUAGGCCACAGAAAUGAUGAAAAUACUUGAAUGUAUUUUACUAUAUAAUUCAAAGUUAAAAUGACAACAUAUUUACCAUAUGUAUAUAUUAAAAGCAAAGGGUGUAACUCAAAAUAUCUUCAUACUAAUGCAAACUUGAUAUAGUGUUUAUAUCUGUAAAAAAACAAUUAUGCUUAUGUUAUCUCCUUUACAUGAACUCGAACAAGUUCGAUGUUUAAUAAUAUCUAUGAUAUAUAUGACUAUAGAUUGAAAUGUAUUUUAUUAUGUAAUUGAAAAAAAAGUAAGAUAAACAAUAAAUCGCUGUAAUUAUUUA